AUGGCGAAGCUUCCCAAGCCCCCAAAGGUGUUCCCGGUGAAAGCUGCAAUACCAUCGAGGCCCGCCACCCCAUUCCGCAGACGGAUACCGCAAACGCAGCCCGAUGCUGAUGAAUCAUUACGAAGCGCCAGCGAUCCAACACCAGCACAGAUUGGGCAGAGAAUAUGGAGGGAGCGUCCAAGACUAUCGGACCUACAGCGCUUGUCGGAUGAGGAAUUGAGGUCGGCACAGCACCAGGCAAAACUGCGGAGAUGGAGGCAAUGGCCCAUGUUCGGUAUCGGGCUGGUCGCAUUCGGCAUGGGCACAUAUGGAGCUAUGCUUUGGGUAUCGCUAACACAAGAUGUGGACCUGCAAGAUCUGCCCGAGGACCUCUCCGACCGGUUCGACAAGGAGGCUGACGGCUACGACGAGAAGGUGGACACAUCGGAGAUGCUGCUCCUCCUUACCUCGAAGCGGAAGAAGCUCACUGCCAUGGCCAAGGGACAUGUGUUGGAGGUUGCUGUGGGUACGGGCAGGAACAUGCCAUACUACAAUACCAAGCAAUGCGACACUGUCACAUUGCUCGACUCUAGCGGGCCCAUGCUAGCGGUUGCAAAGCGGAAAUGGAACGACACGCACAAGGAAUACUUUAGUCGCGUCUUCUUCAAGCAACAAUCCGCCCUAGAUCCGAUAACCCCGCCUUACGGUGCCAAAGAUGGAUACGACACAGUGAUACAGACCAUGGGACUCUGCUCCACGCCAGAACCUGUCAGGUUGCUGCAGAAUCUAGAGGCAUGCACAAACGAGAAGGGACAGAUACUGCUGCUGGAGCACGGCAAGUCGCAUUACGAGUGGCUCAACGGUAUAUUGGACAAGACUGCGCCAGCGCAUGCCGAUGAGCACGGUUGCUGGUGGAACAAAGACAUCGGCAAGAUCGUGGAAGAGAGCGGGCUAGAGGUGGUGGAUAUGAAGCGCUAUAACUUUGGCACGACGUGGUGGUUUCAAUUGAAGCCGAGGAGGGGCAUACGACAAGCGCUGGGCGAGAGUAUGGCGAGUGAGCAGCCGCCCGCGGCGCAGGGCGCGUCGCCGGUCGCACAGAAGUCAUGGUGGUCACUGUGGAGAUGA